CAACGUUGUCCAUAACAAAUAAUGGCGGUAUGAUUAGAGGGGUGCAGGUUUGACAGACAAAUUAUGACAGAUUAUCGCGCGAUAUCGCGCACCAUUGUAAAGAGCUGCACUGAAAAAUAUCGCGAGUGAGUAAAUCGUAUGCGAUUAAAAGCUUGCAUUGUAAAGGAAGCAUAAGUGUGAGUUUGUUAUCAAGCAUCCUGUCCCUGUAGGAACGAAUAAUGGCCUAUUUGAUAAAACAAGAACAGGAUAAGCAUUUGAAGUUGGUCCUGAAUCAGCCAGAGGAAGUUCUUAUCGAGUUUUGUAAACUCGCUAUCGAAUACAUCAACAAUGGUAUUAAUGAAAAGAAAUGUGCUAUCGCAUCAAAAAAACUGGAAACAACCAUCGAAACCGUAAAAUCAUGCGUGGAAGCCCUAGUUUGCCUGCUGAUCGGUUGUACCAAAUUGCACAUCACGGAGGAAGAUUUUAGCUCGCUCCGAACACUUAACUUCGCCGAUAGUCAGAUUGAAAUCCUUUGGCAAUUUGUAAGUAGCAAGCGAAAUUUGGUGGAGAAUGUUCUUAGACAUUCCAACGAUAGCGAAUUACACUAUCGUGAUUUAGAGUGGCGUGUGGAAGCCAUAGUUGCAUCUAGAUCAUUGCUAAAACAAGCCACUCCGGUGAUUGCAAUGAAGCUACAUUUGGAUGGCGAAAUUGUGAACGAGCACAAGGAGAAGAUUGGACAGAUUGAUGCAACGGAAGAGAGUAAGAAUAAAGUACAGAACAAUAGGAAAGAGGUACUAUUGCAAACCGAUCCGACAAGCCUCAUUCAUUUGAUACAAGUGCUUGAACAAGCCUUAAUUGAUUCCAAAACUCAUAGGGUUCGGAACUUUGUGAAGUCCUUCGAAAAAUGAAGAUUAAGACAAAAUAAAAUAUUUUCGCCGUAUAUUCUCAAA